CCUUUCGCGAGCUCCGAUGCGUGGAUGAGGCGGUGGAGUUGCCGACUCCGAUUGUCUGCUUAGGGUUUAGCGCCGCCCCUUGGGGCCGUAGUGCCUCUGAGCAUACACAGAAUGCCUUUUCUCAAAAAGACAACGGGUUCGCCGCUCUUUUAUUGGCCCAAGAUUUAAAUCUGAGGCAUCUGCUUUUUGCAAAGCAGUUAAAUUACUUCGGUCCCUUCAGCAUCUCAUGCACAACCCUCGGACCUGAACCCAGGACUGGAGCUUUAAGGCUGCGCUUAACUCCUCUACCGAAAUCCUUAACUUCGUUUGACAGGUUCUCACGGUUAACCUUUGGAGAUUCGGGGAAGCCAUGGAAGAAGCCAGCACUGUGGAGGAAGGGGAAGUGACCUCAGGGAUGCAAUCCUUGGCAGUGGAAGAUGGGCCUGCUCCGGAUUUAGCUUCUGCCACUGAGGAACAAGAUGACGCUGCCAGAGAAACUGAGGGGGAAUUAUCAGGGAAGGGAGAGAAAUCUGCUGAAGAGGAUUGGUGUGUCCCCUGCAGUGAUGAGGAGCUGGAUUCUCCAGAUAACUGGAUGCCUGAACCCAAGGAGAUCCGCCGUUUAUAUGAGCUCAUUGCUGAGCACGGGACUUUGGAGAUUCAAGCUGAAAUCCUCCCUCGGCGCAAUCCAACCCCAGAGCCUGACAGUGAAGAUGAGGAUAAAUCUGAUGGACAAUCUGAACAGGAAGAAGAGGAGGAAGAGAAGCCUCAUGUGCCUACUGAGUUCGACUUUGAUGAUGAGCCUGCCACUCCCAAAAGCUCCUUGAUUGAUCGACGGAGAACUCCUGGGACGUUAGCAAAGAGUCAGAAAAGAGAAGCCCGCCUGGACAAGGUACUGUCAGACAUGAAGCGUCAUAAAGUGCUGGAGGAGCAAAUUAUGAAGACCGGCUGUGACCUCUUUGACCUUGAUUCAGAUGAUGUACCCACUCCAAAACGACCCUCUGGUCUCUUUCUCCGUCAACGCAAAUACUAACAGUAACGAAGAGAACAAGUCGAGAGAGGAAGAUGGAGUAGAACUAUGGGUACAGAUACAAGGGGAAAGAACUCCUGCCUAAACCUAUUGCAUCUGUUAGUACCCUGGACUUAGACUGUGAUCCUGUAUGGGUUACUAGAGGUACUAGUUUCUCGGUGUAAUAAAACUCUAUGAAUUUGCUUUUAA